ACUACCACUCUAGCUUACCACGCCAUAAAAUCCCUCGCUGCUCGUUACUUGUUCGUUAAUAUCAAGUUAUAUGUGCUUCGCAGGCCGCCGGCAACCCUACAAUUCAUUCUUCAUAUAUCCAAACAAAUUUUAUACUUGUACAUCUAUUUCUCUCCAGCUUCGCAAAACUCAACUUUCAGUGUUACAAGCUCAUAUGAAUCGCCUUGGAUCACAAGGUGUUUGUGUUGCGAUAGUGAUAUCAGAGAUGCAUUAAGGCUGCUUAUUAGUAAUUUUUGUAUGCUACACAAAUGGGGCAUGAUUUGAUUAGUUCUCGACAGAGAUAUGAGCACAAUUUUGUUGAUAGUGUAUGAUAGAUUAGGAGCGAAGGUGAUUAAUCAGUUUACGGAAGUAUACUGUUAUAUCUGAGACGGAAAAUUUGAGAAUCUGUAACGUUGGGAGACUGCUAUGGAAGGUAGAACAAGUAUUAAAAAAGUGCUACAUUAUAAAAUGACAAAGUGGUUCGUUGGUGCUCUGAUUGGGUUGGUUAUAAUCGUGUUCGUUUUGAGUGAUGAAGUGAUUUAUAGUCGGAAUGAGAAAGGUCCUCUUUUUAGGCACACCCUCCUGAAUAUAUCUGAUAUGCAUAGUUUGCUGAAAACUGAGGCUCCGCCAGAUGUUCCAAGCCCACAAGCCACGCACCAAGUAGGUUCUGCUGAUAUUGUUACUUCUAGUCUCUUUGUACAAAGAAAUUUCUCCCUGAGAGUCCAAACAUCUCUACGAACAUGGGAAUUUAUGAAAGACAUAAAGAAUACGACUCAGGGUUUGGACAAUGCCAGUGAUGCUAUCAGUGAAGCUGGCCAUGUGUGGGAAAACCUUGUUAAUUCAGUUGACAGCGAGGAAAUGGCUGAUGUACCAAAAAACAGGCUCAAAGCCAAAGAAACCAAGUGUCCGUACUAUCUUAAUAUGAUGAAUGCUACCAAAUUUGGUGACAGAGGUUAUACUAUACGCAUCCCAUGUGGACUGAUUUAUGGUUCUUCUAUCAGUGUCAUUGGAAUUCCCAAUGGCCUUCUGGGUGAUUUUCGAAUUGAUUUGAUUGGAGAACCUUUAGCUGAAGAGCCGACUCCACCACUAAUUCUACAUUACAAUGUUCGUCUCAAUGGUGAUAAGCUAACUGCAGAUCCUGUGAUUGUCCAGAACACGUGGACUGCUGCUGGUGGCUGGGGUGUAGAGGACAGGUGUCCUCGGGCUGUUCCUGGGAAAACUGAUAAAGAGGAUGGGAUGAACCAGUGUAACCUGAUGGUGGGUAGAAAUGAUAGCCUGAAGCUUGCAUCUGCUGGAAUAUCAUCAAAUUCAAUAUGGUCAUGGAGGGUGCAGAACAGAUUCAAAUCUAAAACGCAUUUUCCAUUCAAACAAGGAUAUCCUUCUGUCAUGACACUUAGGGCAGGAGAAGGGGGGCUACAGGCAAUAGUUGAUGGAAAGUAUGCAACUUCCUUUGGUUUCCGUGAAAGAUUUGAACCAUGGCUCAUCAAUGAAGUCCGGAUUUCUGGAGACUUUGAGCUGAUUUCUGCUUUAGCUACAGGAUUACCUACAUCUGAAGAUAUAGAUAACAUUAUUGACCUUGAAGUACUGAGAGCAGGUCCAUUGGCACUGCACUUCCCCUUGGACCUUUUUAUUGGUGUCUUUUCUACCGCCACCAAUUUCAAGCAUAGAAUGUCUAUCAGGAGAACAUGGAUGCAGUAUGAUGCAGUAAAGUCCGGAUCAGUUGCUGUCCGUUUUUUAGUAGGGCUACAUAAAAGCCAGAUGGUAAACAAGGAACUUUGGGAUGAGGUGCAUACCUAUGAAGACAUUCAAUUGAUGCCUUUCACUGACUAUUAUAAUCUCAUAACGUUGAAGACUUUGGCAACAUGCAUAUUUGGAAGUCAAGUUGUUUCUGCUAAAUAUGUCAUGAAAACUGAUGACGACUCUUUUGUUCGUGUGGACGAAGUAAUUGCAUCUCUGGAGAGACUAAAAGUGAGAGAAAGUUUGUUGUAUGGUCUCAUUGAUUCUGAUUCCAAGCCUCAAAGGAAUCAUAACAGCAAAUGGUAUAUCAGUCCUGAGGAGUGGCCUGAAGAAACCUACCCUCCUUGGGCGCAUGGUCCCGGGUACAUAGUGUCAGGAGACAUAGCAAAUACAAUUUACAAGAAACACAGAAAGGGAGAAUUAAAGAUGUUUAAACUGGAAGAUGUGGCAAUGGGGCUCUGGAUAGCAGAAAUGAGGAAGGAAGGUCUGGAGGUAAGUUUCAUAAACGAACCGAAGAUUUACAUAGAAGGAUGCAAAGAUAAAUAUAUUGUUGCUCACUACCAAAGUCCCCAACAAAUGCUGUGCCUCUGGAACAAGCUGCAACAAGGCAAAGGAGCCAUUUGUUGUGGAAAACUAUAGGCACAUUUGUACAUGUAUAUAGUUGGCCUUUUACAAUCUAGGUUUCCCUAAAGUUUUCAACCUGGGACCACACAAAAUAAAUGGCUACAAGUUUUAACCAUAGGCAAAAAUCCAGCCUGUCCAUAUAAUAACUAUGGUUUUGUAAUAUCAAUACACAUAACAAGCUUCUUGGCAUCAAAUUUUGAGUUGAAGACAAUUAGAAAUAUAUAUAUGAAUAGCCGGUAUAACAUUUCAGAUUUCAGCGCAGAAGUUCUAACGAAGAACUGUAAACAGGAACUAGUGACAGAUAGAAAUACAGAAACAGGUAAACAUCAUAGACUUAUUAAUAAGCAUCAACAUUACAUCGAUACACUGAUCCUACCACUGUAAAUGAUAACGAAAGUACAUAUGAACCUUAAUAAUAAUUUCAUAGACGAUGUCUUGACUAUUUAAUGACAACGUCAAGCAGUCAUGCAUCCAAUACCAGAUCGGCUAUUAGGAAACACAAGAAACAAACUGCUGCAAAUAAUUCCAACCAUCAACGGAAAACUCUCCAUCAUUUCAUGCAUAUCCUUCUCACGCCCUGGAAACACACAAUUAGUAACCCUAUAAUCCGAAAAGGCUAUAGCCACAAACACCAGGACAGAGAGAAAGGCAUGCACAAAGUCCGUAACCCCGGCCUUGUACCUGUCCUCUUUAGGCACUUCAACAUCCAAACCAGGCUUAAACACGGACAAACCAUUAGGCGUCACAAUACCAU